GUAACCUUGACUACUUCGAAAUGUCUUGUGAGACUUGGAAUGAGCUCUUUACGCUGAUAUCGUAGCUCAUUCGUAAGACUUGUACAAUGGAAAUCAACAACUCCAAUAAACCCGAAUCGGAAUACAAACAUGCUCUUGAUUUUGCUACGGGUCCGCCUCUCACAGAGGCGCUCACUCAUCUGUGGGCGGCUGUUCAAAAACUCGGCGAGGAAUCUGUAAAAUGCAUAGAGGAAAAAAAAUCGUUAACGAGCGUGAUGGACAAUUACAGGCAAUUGAUGCCAGAAAUCAAACAGUCUAUUUUAUCAGAGCAAAACACAGUGGAAAAACUCAAAGAGGAAUUAAACUCUGCACAUCGUAUGUUGGACGCUUCCAACCUCCGAGAACAAAUAAUUCAAGAAUCCAACGAUAAUUUACUGGCACAAAUAAAGACCUUAAAAACUGAACUGGAUUCGAAAACUAAACAAAUGGAAGAGGAAAGCUUGUUUUCUUCUAUGGGUCAAGGUGAUACGAGCCAAUUAGAGUUGACAAGAACAAAGCGAGAACUGACUAGAAUAGAUAUAGAGAACAAGCGUCUAAAUAAUCUCUGUGAGUCGUUGAAAAAAGAGCUGGACGGUGCCGAGUAUAAUGUCAGAGAUCUCGAAGCCGAUUUAGCUGCUCAAAGUAACAAUCUAGUGAAAGAAAUAAAAACAAAGGAAAAAUUAGAGGACCGUAUAAAAACUGACCACGAUCAAAUGGAAAAAAUAAAAACCGAACUUGGUACCAUUAAGAAUAAUUUCAAAAAGGCUGAAUCCAAUAUAGAAAAACUUAACGAAACAUUAAAAGACCUAAAAAUUACAAAUAACAAUUUAAACACAAAAAAUACUUCGUAUGAUAAACAAAUAAAGAAAUUAACUAGAGAAUUAAAAAUUAAAACUGAACUGAGGGCUGAAAGCGUUAAAGAAAUAAAUAGACUUCAAGAUAAAAUAAAUUAUCAAGAAAAUGAAUUAUUAAGAGUUCAAUCCGAACUGACACGUUUGAUUGCUACUCAUGAAACAUCUGUCAGAAAACGACAAGAAGUUGUAGAGGAGGUUGAAAAAAUUUCUGAGGAAAAAAAAAAUUCUGAAAACGACGUGGCUACUUUGGAACGAAACUUAAAUGCAUUACAACAAGAUAAUAUUAAACUUAAAAAAAUGUUGGAAUUAACAGAAAGAGAAAAGAAGUUACUAGAAAAAAACAUGACUAAAGUCAAUGAACAAAUAACCGCAUACAUUGAAAAAAUGAAUAUAAAAGAAUCAGCAUUUCGGGUUUUAGAACUAGAAUUUAGCAGCGCACAAAAAUAUAUUGAUAAAUUAAAUUUAGAUAUAAUUAUAAUGAAAAAAAAUAAGGAAAAGUUACACCAAGAAAUAAUAAAUUUAAAACACAAAAUUCACGAAGAUUCGGUGACAUUAAAUCACAAAGAAGUGGAAGUACAAGAAUUAAAAAAAGAAGUAAACAAAUGGAGUGAUAAGUUUAAAGAGCAAGAUCACGACCUACACACUUUAAAAACUGAAAGAAAUCUGUUUUCAAAAAAUCUUACUGAAGCUAAGGAUGAAACAGAAGACAUAAAAGAUAAAAUAAAAAUGAUUACACAGCAACUCGAACAACAAAAGGAAUACGUCGCGUACAAAGAAGUGCAAUUAACGAAAAACGAUACAGUAUUAAAACAAACCGAAAAGGAACUUCAGAAAUGUCAACAAGAAAUCGACGAAUACGAGACCCGAGUGGAAGGAAUGUCAAAUUUAUUAAAGAAGAAAAAUGAAGACGAAAAGUCGAUGAUAAUGACAUUGAAAUUAUUGCAGAAAAAAAUAGAAAAACUUCAGAAACAGAAUGAUGAAGGAAACAAAGAUAAAAACAAACUCAUAAAUCAAAUGAAUAAACGCAACGAGGAGCUAUUAAGACAAAAAGAUGCUAAUGACAUAUUAAGAACAACAUUAGGCAAGGGAGAAGUGGAAUAUAAUAAAAGGAUUGACGAUAUUAAAUUGCUGAAAUCGGAAGUAAAGAGUUUGAGCGUUCAAAAAAACUUAUUAAUGAAAAACCUAUCAGAAAUAAAUGAUAUAAGAGGCGAAGUACUUAAAUAUGAACAAAAACUAAACAGAGAACGUUUGAAAUGUCGAGCUCUAGAAGACAUGUUAAUCAAACCUACAAACGUACACCGUUGGAGAAUAUUAAAAAACACUGAUCCGCCGGCUUACGAGAUGGCUGCCAAAGUGAAAAUCCUUCAAAAACGGUUACUCGAACAAUGCACCAGAGUAUUCGACAAGGAUUUGCAAGUCCAAGAGCUGCAGACUAGGUACGAAAAACUGAAAGAUGAAUUCAUUAAGCUACCAGGCAGAGAUAUCUUCAAAGAGAUGAACGAUAUCAAAAGAAAUCUAUUAAAAAAAGACGACAAAAUGAGGAGCUUAUCCGGAGAAUUAAUUAUCAGUCAGCAGACAACAAAAGAGUGCAUGUUUGACUUGGAGAGAACGAAAAAAGACUUAAACGAAUUUAAAAAUAAAUAUUACGAACUGAAACGCGUUGUGACGAAAAUAAAUCUUAAAAACCAAAAUACUACAGCAUUAGCCAAACCGAAUUCAACUCCUACGAGUUAUAGCAAAUUUUUGGAUAUGACUAUAUAGGUAAAAACUUUUAUUUAAACUUCAAUUUUUUUUGUAAUUAUAAACAAAUAUGAAAAGUUUCUUUUUACUUCAGUUUGAGUAUGUUAUAGUAAGCUUAUAUUUUCCUCAACACUUCGUUUUUGCCAAAUUAAUAUAAGCAACUAAUUGAACAUAUUUUAUCAAAUUCAAAAAUAAUAAUUUUAAAAAUUAUACUGUGAAAUAUUUUUAUUUUUUUGUAACACUUCUUAUUAUAAAUCACAAAAUGUGUAUUAAAU